AUGGCCGAAUCAGAUUCUUCACAGCCACCACCUCCACAACCACAGUCGAAUCAGGUGGACGUCGCACAGCCAUCGUCGCAAACCGUCACCCAAGAUCCCGCGAGUCCAGCACCAAAGACUGGCACGUCGGCCUCGCCACCGUCACAGACGCAGAUAUCUCCAGCCCUGCCACAGGAGACCGUGGACACAGCAGCAGACCAGGAAAGCUCCCAGCCGCCUAUAAAACAGCAGUCGCCAAGUUCCAACCCAGCGUCUGAGCCUGCAGUGGCUGCGGGAGGGGAGGAAGAAGGGAGUGCACCGCUGCCAAAGGAUGCCGAUAUAAGCCCUGAGGAGGCAGCAGAUAUCAAAAUCAGCUCUACGGAAGACAUCACCAUGGGGGACACCGAGCCAGAAGCGGGAGAUACUACGGCACCAGACACCGGUGCUGGUGUUGCUGAUGCCCCGGCGACAAACACGGCUCCAGGCAUUCCCGGACCUGCUUCUGGGCUAAACGGUAUUGAAUCGAUAGUGCCACCAUCGAAGAAAGAUACCAGCUUGAGAGAGUUUCUGAGCCAGAUGGACGACUACGCGCCUAUUAUUCCGGAUGCUGUAACUGCCCAUUACCUAACCGUUGCAGGCCUUCCACCGCCAGGACCGGGGCCAAACCACACCCCUCCUCACCUUGCCCGGCUUCUCGCCUUAGCAACGCAAAAGUUCAUUGCGGAUAUCGCUGCGGACUCAUACCAGUAUUCCCGGAUCCGCAGCUCGAACAGUGCCUCCUCCAAUAACCCCAUGGGCAGUAUCAAUGUGACUGCGGGUCUCAGCAACGUUGCCCAGGGCGGUCAGCCCGGUGGUGCUGGAGCUGCUGGAGCUGCCGGAGCUGGUGAAGGAGGAACCAAAGGCAAAUCAGGCGCUGGCGGUCUACACCUUGGUGUCCAGCGAGCCGGGUUCGGAGGCGGCGGCCAGGGUGGAUCCCAAGGCAAGACCGUCCUUACCAUGGAAGAUUUAGGCAUGGCCGUCGGCGAGUAUGGAGUUAGCGUGAAGAGAGGCGAGUUCUACAGAUAA